AUGUCAUUUGUCUUCUCGCAGACGCGCGAAUUCGAGGCUGCCAACAAGAAGUAUGCAGCGUCGUUUAGCAAAGGCGAUCUUGCGCUGCCACCAGCUCGGAAGGUCGCAGUGGUAGCUUGUAUGGAUGCUCGGCUCGAUCCGGCCAAAGUACUGGGCCUGGAGGAAGGAGACGCUCAUGUGAUCCGCAACGCGGGAGGGCGAGCCAUCGAUGCAAUUCGCAGUUUGGUCAUCUCGCAGCAGCUGCUAGGAACGAGGGAGAUCGUACUGAUACACCACACGGAUUGCGGAAUGUUGACCUUCACGGACGAGGUCAUCCGGGAGAAAAUCAGGUCGGACUUGGGUCAGGAUGCGGAUCACAUUGCGUUUUUACCUUUCACCGACUCGGAGAAGAGUGUGUUGGAUGAUAUCAAGCUGCUUCAGGAACACAGGCUGAUUCUGGAUGUUCCGAUUACGGGGUACAUCUACCACGUGGAGAGUGGAAAAAUUAGCAAGGUGCAGAGGGUUUAG